AUGACAGCCAAUAUCAACUCUGAAGUCGAAGGAGUGACGGCCUUCGCUCUGUGUUGUGACGCUUAUUUUCGCUAUCGGAUCUCUCUCAAAAACGAAAAGGUGAAUCUCUGGCUAGAGGACCGAUCUAGCAAAAAGCAAUGGCAAUCUGGGUUUCUGAGCAUAGAGGACUACGUGACCGCUGCAAACGUAUUCGCGGAUGCGUCAGCAGCUGACUACGUAUCGUACUUUCAACAGUGCUUGGAAUGCUCAUCGGACAGCUCUAGCGAGUCACAGCGUAAGCUGAUUUCGCUCAAGGACGAUCACCUACAGGUUGAGAUGUGCAUCAAGAUUCGCCUGCUUCUGUCCGUCCACGAAAUCAAGUACGUUUUUAAGCUACAACCAGUUACUGUUGACAGGGUCGACAUUUUGGAGGCAAAAUUGAAAGACCAACAGGAAGAGUUGGAAAAACUACGUGGCCAAGGUGGCCAACGUGAGCGAGCCUUUGUACACGCCGAAAGUGUGACUUGGGGGAAUGCGUUGAAGCUUCAGUGGGAGAGCAUUAAUUCCGAGAACUUUUCGCUGGCUCUGAUGUAA